AUUAGUUACUCUUACGCUCGUAACAAUUUUCACGACAUACGUCAUUGAGUAUCACAGGUUAAGAAAGAAAGCACUGCUUCCGACGUCGGAAUAUCAGAGCGAUUAACUAUUUGUACAAUUGCUAGUUGUUGCUAGAAUCGAAGAAAAUUAACCGGAAUACUCGACUCGAAGCGACAGUGAUAUAAGGCUCUGUUGGGAUCUAUAGAAGGAUCUAUGAAUUUUCCUCGAACGGUUCGAAAAUGCUUGAGCCAAUAGCGUGGUGGAACUGUCAGAAGACUACAUUUCUCAUUGGAAGAAAGUAUUCCGAUACGGAUCUAAAACUUGAUAUACUUCUCGUGUAUCCAGGAAUAUGGGCACCGAGGCUGCAGGGCUUAAUAUUGAAAUAUCGAUUAAAAACAAUUUCAAGCUCGAACAGCCGUGACCGAAAGGAUCAAGAAGGGCCGGAGAGGGAAAAGUCUGAGGACGUUCGCGUGAAUCAAUUGCGAUUCCGUGAGAAUCGCGUUACUCCUCGCGGUGGAUUUUUUUGUUCUCCGGGAAACGAUUCUCUGUCAGACGGUAUAGAGUACUUCACGUGCGGAUGAUCGAAGACUACUCGUCCCGACAGAUGUGCCGAGAGCACUGAUUUUGAGCUGACUGUUCGUCCCCUUUUCGCGAAUUUCUCGAUCCCGCAGCGAUAUUUGAUCGUGCGACGAAAUCAAAAAUCGAAAGAAAGAUUGCUCGGUUCGUGGCUGCCGAAAAUCGUGCCCCGGAUCAUCGUGGUGGCAAGAGAAUCUUGCUUUUGCAACACGUUCAUCCUCGGACAGAAUGGCUCGUGGACAACAGAGAAUUCAAUCGCAAGCUAAGGCUGCAGAAAAGGCUGCAAAAGUGAAAAAACAACAAGGACACAGUGCCAAUGAUCAGAAAAAGGCAGCACAGAAAGCUUUAGUGCAUGUAUGCACAGUUUGUAAAGCACAGAUGCCAGACCCAAAGACGUAUAAGCAACACUUUGAAAACAAACAUCCUAAGAAUGAUUUACCAGAAGACUUAAAAAAUAUAUGAGGGUAAGAUCCCUUGUAACAGUCGAGGACAGGAAGUGGAGAAGGAAAGAAACUACUGCGAAUAACAAAGUGAUACAGUUUAACAUUCAACUGAUCAUUACAUAGGCCCAAUUCAAAGAAUAAAUUAAACCUUGUUAGUGUUUAAAGUGAAGUACUGCACGUUUGAGAAAUGAAUUUUCGUGCACAGCCCUAAAUUACUAUAUAACACUAUUGAAGACUCGGUUAGAGAUAAAAAAUUUGGUUUCCUUCCAAAGAUGUCCAACACAAUCGCUGAGGUUUCACUUAAGCAUUAAAGUAAUUGAAUAUGUACAUUACUAAGAAAUAAAGUUAAUCAAUUUAGCAGGAUGAUUCCAAAUAUUUAUACAUACUUUAAUGAUGCAGGUAGUAAAACAGUUACCUCAUUUUUCUACAAGUAAGACAAAAAUGCAAGUGCUAAAAAAUUGAAGAACAAAAAAAAAUAUACUCUGUGGAUUCAAAAUAGUUUAAUUACAAUGCACUUCUUCAUUAGGAAAAUAACUAUUUCUGUAGAUUGUUCUUUUUAAAUGAAAAAUUAAAUAAACAACAAUUUAUUCGAAUGAUGUAGUUGUCAAAUAUGAAAGAAUUGUGAAUAGUACUAGAGAAGAUAAUUUAUAAGGAACAAGAAACUGCCAUUUGACUGUAUCUCUAUCGAUUAUUCUAUCGAAUAAGGGUAUUACAAGUAAAAACAUAUUAAUUAAGUUCGGCUGUAAGUAUUGGUUUGUCUUGUUCCUGACACUUAAAUAUUCUUUUGUAUUAAGGAUUCAUUGAGUUAUUUUUUUUUUAUCCAUGUAAAUUGAAAUAGCAAAAUAUAACUGCACUGUACAUUUGCUUCCAUUCAGUGAAAGAAACCUAUGAUAUAAUAUGCUGCACAAUAUGACAUAUUGGCAUUUAGAAAUACAUUUGUCAGUGUUCUGAACUGAUAAGGUUUUUAGGAAUUUCUAGCAUGUAUCUAGUUUAGGAAUAAGUUCGUGAAUUAUGUAAUUUGUUCUGACAAAAUAAUUAUAAAAUUUUACACCACAA